AUGGUAAUACAUCUGGCUGUUACAGCCAAGUGCGCGGAGAUUGACGGCAGCCACAUACAUUCGCCUACACUCGCUCUGGCUGCGAUCAGCCUAUGGGCUGCCGUGCAAUCAAGCGCGUUAAUGACUGCAGCAGCUUGGCAGCCGUGGCUGCUUAGUGCGCGGGUUCCCAUACGCCAUCAUAUGUCCGACUGGCUGCCGCAGCCAGGCUACUUAGUGCGCGGGGGCUCUUACUAUCGGACUGUUAUU